CAUGGAGGACAUGGAGGAGGAGGAGGAGGAGGAGAUGGAGGAGGAGAUGGAGGAGGAGGAGGAUAUGGAUGAUAUCUACCUCGAGAAUGCGGUCGAGUUUGAGGAUGGUACCCGGCUCCUCUACUACUUCGAAAGAAUUGUCCGCUUUCUGAGGGGUUAUAUCUUUAUGACCACCUUUGUCGAGCAGAAUCCGCCUGAAUAUUUUUCGGGUUUCAGUAAUAUGCACAUUGUGCAUCAGAUCAAGAACGAUCGAAAGGUGAAGCGGUACCGCUUUUACCACCUGACGUUCCACUUCCGCGCCUCCAGAUUCGCCACAUUAUCCUGAGGAAGGGACACCUUGCGACGGUGCAAUCGUGUCACAGCCAAAUUGAAAUUCCAUUUGGCAUUUGUUCGGAGUUGUUGGCCCAUCUCGUUUCAUUUUGCGCCCUGGCAUUCACUUCUUAGCCCCCUUUUUUCCCUCCCAAAAAAAAAACCCACGUCUCUGCCCUUUUCUGGCGCUCUCUGUGUGUGUGUAUGUGUGUGACAUUUUGGCAGCAGUUCAACGGAAAAACGUUUGGCAGCAGGGCCAGAAAAUGAUAAGCCUGGGCAGCGCAAAAAAAAAAAGAAGAGGGGCAAACAACCAAGGAAACGGUUCACUGAGUUAAAUAAAAAUUGAAAAAAGUGUAAUUGAAAUGCAAUGCACUGGGAGGGGGAAGCAGUGGAUUCAAAAGAAAGAAUUCGGAGGGACUUUCUUCAAUGCCAGCAGAAGAUAUCCUGCCAUCAAGGUUACUGGUUAAGGUAACCCGAAAUAGGACACAGUGGCAUGGAGUAUAUAUUGU